CGUGUAAAUCUAAGAUAUAAACAUUGAUUUCACGUAAACAAAUAUUAUUUAGUAUGGACCCUGUGUAUAAAUAACGACUAUGAAUGUUUAUUUAAUAAUCUAGUUAUUUAAUUAGUGAAUGUAAUAAAUAAUAUAUCUGACAAGUUCAGACUACGGGAAAAUAAUCUUAACCCUAACAAAUGUUGAUAAAUUACCUUUUCAUGAAUGUUAUUUGAUAAUCUUGUACUAUUUGAUUGAAUUGAGUUUAUGAAUAAUUAAAAUAAGUUUGUGAAAAUGGGAACUUUUAUAUGUUCUAAAGAUGAGGCUAGUUGUCAGAAAGAACCUGAAUUCUCAAAUUUUGCAAAUAUUAUAGACAAGACAGAAAGCAACAAUAAACGAGCUGCAUUAUAUAAAAAGCCAAUCAGAAAGACUAAUAUUAAGUUAGAAUUAGAGUUCAAUGACACACCACAAGAAAUCAGAAGACAGAGAAUAUUACAUUACCAGAAAAAAAACAGAGAUGAAGUUAUUAAUGCUCGGCGUGGGCUACUGGAAGGUGUUUUUAAUUCUGACAAUGAAGAGAAAAUAGAAGCUGAACAAGAUUCACGGGAUAUGGAUGUGGAUCCAGUUAGGAAAAAAUUCUACAAAGUGCACAGGCAGUAUGCAAAUUUGUUAAUGUUAUCAGAAUGGAUGCUUGAAGUACCACAAGAUUUUGUAGAGAAAUGGAUCAUGGUUCCUUGUCCUGUAGGGAAGCGAUCUCUAGUUGUAGCUUAUAAAGGUGGGACAAAAUUGUACAGUAGGAAUGGGAAACUGAUAAAAAAGUUCAAAAGUGUUCUUCCAGGAGGCAAUCUAAUGUAUUAUAAAAAUAAUUGUACAAUAUUAGAUUGUGUUUGGGAUCAAUCGAAGGAAAUUUUUUAUAUUUUAGAUGUGCUUGCAUGGUCAAGACAAGAAAUGCUUUAUUGUGAAACUGAAUGUAGAUUUUUUUGGAUAAAAUCACAAAUAGAGGAAUUGGACGAAAUGAAAAUAAUAAAAAAGGAAUAUAAUGAUUACGCAUUUGAAUUGUUGCCAAAUAUAUCUUGUGAUAAAGUUAAUUAUUUUAAUUUAGAGAAUAUUGUAGCAUCUAUGAAUUUAGAUGGAUUAUUGUUUUACCACAAAGAAGUUCAUUAUACGAGUGGCAAAACGCCUUUGGUUGUAUGGUUAAAACCAUAUAUGCUGCCAGAAGUACUAGGCAUGAAUGUUCCUGCUCCCUAUGAUGAAAAGCCAAAUAAUUACAUUAAUUUUGAACACCACGUAUUGACAGUUAUUAAACAAGAAAAAGAGAAAACAGAGAGGAAACAGCAAAGCAAUAAGAGGCAAUCUAAAUCAGAGCAAGAAGAUAUGGAAUGAUUUCCAAAUUUAUUUUGGAGAUUGGACUUUUAUAAUUUAUGUAUAUUGACAAGAAAAUCUUACUUAUUAUAAAAUAUACCA